CUGUGGAACUGGUCACAGGAGAGGGAAACGUUGAGGAUACUGCACGCUUGGGAAAAUGCUGUACUGCCGUUCUUGUCCUUGAUACACUCAUGACUUGACAGCAGCGUGUUGUCAAAACUUAUUCGCUGUUGAUUUCAUGUGCGUUUCCCAACGACGUGUCUGAUAACAUUUUGGUUGCUCCAAAGCUGCAAUUGGAUACGAUUUUUACAGGCACUGGUUGCCAGCUUUUACGGUGUGCACAACUAGCUCGUAAAAGCCAACUGACAGAACACAUUGCAAUCCAUUGGGAAGGGGAAAUACAAUGUUUCUUUUUGGAAUUGGAUUAUGCGCUAGCAUAACGUUAACCUUACAUUUUGGAAGAUGAAGACAGCGUCCCGAGGACCAAGAAAUGAGAUCAAAUAUAACGUUAGUCCACGAAAGGUGGUGUAUUUAAACGUCUUUCUUAUCUAGCUAGCUGACGUUAGAUCAUUUACGAUAUCUAGAAAACUACGUAAUUUUAAACUACCUGAAGCUAGCUAUCCAGCUAAGAUUGCGGGUUAAUUAGAUAUGUUCAAUGAUAUUGUUGCUAAUUUGACUGCUUAUCAUAUUUACCUGGUUUCGUCUAACUAGGUAAAUGAACAAGAUUGAAUGUAAAGAAAGGGAACAUUGAUGUUGCCUAGUAUUAUUGAUAGCAACUAGUGCUGUAAGGAGCUACGGAUAGUUAGACCAACCUGCAACAAGUCAGUCAUUAGCUAUGGUUUUAACCAUUUUGUAGCCUCUAGCGAGCUACACAAGUAUCACCUCUUCCAUAUUUUUGGACAUAAUUCUUCAGGACCUUCAACUGUGUAACGUAGUAGCAAGCCUCGUGGCUGGCCAGUGGAUAUUUUGGAGUGGGUCUUCUCAACAAACACCUGUCAACUGGAAAGUCCGUGUUUUAAUACCACACUAUGUUGACAAUACUAGCUUGCAAACUAGCUGGCUAGUUACAUUUUUUCAUAUUUUUUUUUUUGCACAGACCUUCACAACACACAGUGGAGGAGCAAACCUUUGCAGCUGUGUGUUGUUUAUUUCCCGGAAAUAAAAGGAUUUCAAUUGGAUUGAAAAUGGGAGCCGCUAGUGAGCUGGCGUUUGCUGUUUUUCUCAUCUCGUUUUCCUCAGGUGCAAUCCUGGGUCGCUCGGAGACACAGGAGUGCGUUUACUACAACUCUAGCUGGGAGAAGGAGCGAACCAACCGCAGUGGCAUCGAGCCUUGCUACGGAGAUAAGGACAAGAGGCUCCACUGCUUCGCCACCUGGAAAAACACCUCGGGAACUAUCGAGAUUGUCAAGCAGGGCUGCUGGCUGGACGAUGUCAACUGCUAUGACAGUAGUGAAUGUGUGGAGACGAAAGAGAGUCCGGACGUCUUCUUUUGCUGCUGUGAAGGCAACAUGUGUAACGACAAGUUCCUCUACAGCCCCGACACGCAGGCUGUCCAAAGUAAGUCGUCAUCGACCUCCAACCCGUUUUCCCAGAAGCCUCAGCUGUUCAACACCCUGCUGUACUCUCUGGUGCCCAUUAUGGGCAUCGCCGCCAUCGUCAUCUUCUCCUUCUGGAUGUACCGUCAUCACAAGCUGGCAUACCCCCCCGUCCUGGUGCCAACACAGGACCCACUGGGGCCACACACCCCUCCCUCUCCCAUCAUGGGGCAGAAGCCACUGCAGUUGAUCGAGAUCAAAGCCAGGGGGCGCUUCGGCUGUGUGUGGAAGGCUCAGCUCCUCAAUGACUACGUGGCUGUCAAGGUCUUCCCCAUUCAGGACAAGCUGUCAUGGCAGAACGAGUAUGAGAUCUACAGCCUGACUGGGAUGAAACACGAGAACCUGCUCCACUUUAUCGGUGUGGAGAAGAGAGGCAACAACAUGGACAUAGACCUCUGGCUCAUAACAGCCUAUCACGACAACGGCUCUCUGACUGAUUACCUGAAGGCCAACGUGGUGUCGUGGAACGAGCUGUGCCACAUCUCCCAGACCUUGGCCCGUGGCCUGGCCUAUCUCCACGAGGACAUCCCUGGGCUGAAGGACGGACACAAGCCCGCCGUCGCACACAGGGACAUGAAGAGCAAGAAUGUGCUUCUGAAGAACAACCUGACAGCCUGCAUAGCGGACUUCGGCCUGGCCCUGAAGUUUGAAGCUGGGAAGUCAGCAGGAGACACCCACGGCCAGGUGGGCACGAGGCGCUACAUGGCCCCUGAGGUGCUGGAGGGGGCCAUCAACUUCCAGAGAGACUCCUUCCUGAGGAUAGACAUGUACGCCAUGGGGCUGGUGCUGUGGGAGCUGACCGCUCGCUGCACCGCUGCAGACGGUCCUGUGGAUGAGUACACACUGCCCUUCGAGGAGGAGGUCGGCCAGCACCCGUCUCUAGAGGACAUGCAGGAGGUGGUGGUCCACAAGAAGCUACGGCCCUGCCUCAGAGAGUGCUGGCAGAAACACAUAGGCCUGGUGAUGCUGUGUGAGACCAUCGAGGAGUGCUGGGAUCACGAGGCCGAGGCGAGGCUCUCAGCAGGCUGCGUGGAGGAACGCAUCAUCCAGAUGCAACGCCAGACCAACAUCAUCGCCCCCGAGGAGAUUGUCACCGUUGUCACCAUGGUGACCAACGUGGACUUCCCUCCCAAAGAGUCCAGCCUAUGAAUGGACGAACAUUGACUGGACGUGUCAGGUGGUGGACAUGGAGCUAUUUUAAUUGGAUGUUUUCAGGUAUACAUUGAUCAACCGGAGUGGCCCGUUCAGGAUCAUGAACUCUGGAUGAUCCCGGGUUAAACUCUGACCUCUGACCCCCUCAGAUGGGUGUGCUGGCGUGGUGUGUUUUAGUGCUGUGCGCUACACUACUGUCAUUCAGGAAAUACCUGGCUGUGCCCACCAACACUGGUUUGGUUUCUACCCACUUCAUAGUAUCAUGAUGUGUUGGACUCCCAUAGCGAGCCUCAAACUGUCAAAAAGAAUCCUUCAAAAGAACACUAGGUCGUAACAAACCCUGUGAGCUGGGCAAAAGGGAUAUUUUCUAUAUGAAGAAAACACUAGGACCUCCUAACAGACUUCUGUUCUAUUUUCUAAGAAAAAGAAGAGGAAGAGUAUGGACUCUACAAGACAAACUCUCACAGCUCAGAAAAGAAAAGGGCAACUUGUUUUACAAUUCCUUUGCUGUUUUCUUUCUGUGUUUAUAUGAUAAUGAUAAUGACAAUUGUAAUGCCAAUAAGAAACAGCUUCUGAAUGUCACGUGUACUGCUGCUGUACAUAAUAUCAAAACAAUGGUAAUCAAGGUUUAUUUUAGGGGGGGGGGGUGGGUCCAUUUCCAAGCAUUACUACUUCGAAAGCAAAACCAUAGACCUCCCUCAAGUCAACACGGUAUACCUCAGUUCCAUCUUCAUUACAACACUACAACCAUAGAAGUAGUACUACUAUUGUUGCUAGUUCUGUUAAUUCUAUUUCUAUGAUUACAACAAUCUCUCUGUAAACUAUUCAGAUGACAUCAUUACUUUGGUAUUAUUGAACUAUAUACUGUACAGCUGUGGCAGGUGAAAAUAUAAUAAUUAUCACCACAGUUUUUAAAACUAGUCUGCCAAGAGAUGUAUGACCAUGAAUUUACGUGAGCCUUCUUGUUUUUCUUUGCAAGAAUUCUUUUUGAGCAUUAUUUUGUCCUUCCUUGCUGUUUUAAUUUGUUUUUAUUGUAAACAUUUUAACCCUACAUUUUAAGAGUAUUUCAAUAACCCCCUAAGUCAUUGAAAAUGAUAUUAUAUUUUUUAAACACUUAUUUUGGC